AUGGUUAUUAAAAAAGCUUUUCAAGAUUUUUAUAUUCAAAAAUUCUUACAAAUCAGAGAUUCAUUUAAACGAAAUAAAUAUUUGAGUUUUGGAUUAAUACUAUUCUAAACUCUAUAAAUAUAAGGAAUCUAUAUAAAUGGGAGUAUUUUAGAAUUAGAUGAAAAGGGAAAGAAAAAAGGUAUAAUGGAUGCUCUUAUUUGGAUUCUCAAAACUGCUAAGUAUAUUUUAAUAUAAGUAAAGAGUAUUUCCAUUAUUCUAAUCUACUACAAAUGUAGAUAAAAUAAUUUUCAUUGAUUUCAGCUUCAUUGUUAUAUUAAUCUUAAUUUCUUUUAUUGCAUUAUUAGCAAUUUUAACAAGAAGAAGUCAUAACUAUAUGUAAACUAAUAAAAUCAAUGGCUUAUAUCAAUUAGUAUUUACUGAUUAUCCUAUUUAAGUAAAUUUCAUAUUUACAGAUAGUUAUAAACAAAGUAAAAUUUGUUAAUGAAAUUUAUAAAAUUUAUAACCUUCAUAGUUUCCAUCUUUUUAUAAACCUACAAAUACUUGUUUCAUUGGAGUAUUAUUUAUAGCUCUUUAGAUAAUAUUUACAUAUUUAUAUAGAAUCCAUCUGAAAAUAAUGGUAUUAUUAAAAUAUAUUAAUUAGAUUGGAUACAUACAAUAGGCAUUAUUACAUCAUUUGUAGUAUUAUUAUUUUUCUUAUUAUUUGAUAACUUUAUGAUGUUCCACUUUUUUGAUUAUAAAUUUAAAAAUCCUGAUUUUUUAGGAUAAAAAGAAUCCAAUUUUGAACUAUUACUCAAUUUAUAUAUCUAUUCAACAAUUACAAUAGUGAUCUUUACAUAAUAAGAAUAUCCAAAUUUAUAAUUAUUACUAGGAUUACUUUUUACAAUUUAUUAAUUGUUUUUAAACUCAUUUUUAUUUUUGAAUCGUAAAUAAUUGAUGAAUCAAUUUAAAUCUUUAAUCCUUGGGUAAUUUAUAUUUCUAUAUAUUGCUUUAUUUUGUUUUGUUAAUGGAACAUUUUCUGUUGAAUUUAUUAAUUUAAUAGUAUUUAUAGCAUGUCCUAUUAUCAUUAAAAUUCAACAUAGAAUUUAAGAUUUAUAAAUUCAAUAACAUCUUUAAUUAGAUGAUAAACACUUUAGGUUUUUUGAAUAAAAACUAAGGAAAAUAUUUGAUUUAAUAAAAAUCAUUUAUUAUAAGGAAUGGAGAGCAUUUAGAUAACCAGUAAUUAGAUCUUAUAUUUCUCUAUAAUUGCACAGUUUAGCUGCUAAUCAUUUAAGAAAUUGUUAUGGAAAUUAAAAUAAUGAUAUUAAUUUAAUUAAGAAAUGCUUUUGUAAAUAAUAUUUUUAAUACAAUGAAGAUAAAUAAAUAAAUUUUUGGAAGAGAGAAUUAGAUUUAUAAACAGAAAAUAAAUAUUUUGCAUUUAAUAGUGAAAAAUAAUUUAAAUAAUUUUUAUUUGAUUUAAUAAAGGAUAGUUUUGAAAGAUAUCUUAAUUAAAAAUCAAUAUUAGAAACAAAUAUUUAAUUUUCAUAUAUUUACUUUUUAUUUUAAAUUUAAAAGAAACCUACUAAAGCAUUUUAUGAGGCUAUGAAUUUGAAAUUUAAAAUAAAAAAACUUUCUUAAAAGAAAAUAAUGAUAAUUGAAUAACUUAUUCAAGAUGCAAAAUAUAAUUUUAAUUUAAUGAUUGAGAAAAAAGAUUUAAAAAAUCAGAAAUAUAAUUUUAAAUAAGUUUUUGAUUAUGAUUAGAAUUUAGAUACCACUAAAUUAAAUUUUUAAAUUAUAUUAACAAAUUAUAAGAAAUGGUACAAUUAAUUAUUAAAUUAAUAAUUACAAUUAUAAAUGAUUAUAAAAAAGGGAACAGAACUUUAAUAAUAAAUAUAAUAAUUAGAAUAAUAAAUAUUAAGUUUAUAUUAAUUAAAUCCAGUUUCAUCUGAAUUAGAUACAAUAAUUUAUCUAUUUUAUAAAUAUAUACACUUUAAUCUAAAAAGACCAAAAUCUCUUAGAAGAAAUUCAUAAUAUGCAAAUUAAUUUAUUUAAUCAAUUAAUUAAUAAGUAUUUGAAAAAGAAUCUUGUAUUAUUUAUAUAUCACUUAUGAAUCAAAGAGGUUCAAUAUAAAAUUAUACUAAAUCUUUUAAAUCUUUGAUUUUAGGUAGUGAUUAAGAUAUUAAAAAUUAAAAUAUUAAAUAUUUUAUGCCUGAUUCUAUUGCAUAAUAUCAUGAUAUGUAUUUAGAUAAUUUUAUUGAAUUGGGUAGAAUGAAUAUAGUAAUGGCUGAAUAAAGAUUUUUGAUUCUUAAAAAUAAAUAAUAAUUUAUAAUACCUGUUUAUGCUAAAGUGAGAUUAGAAAAUUAUUCUAAUAAUGAUUUUGGAUCAUCUGCUUUGAUAACAUAAAUUAAUCAAUAAAAUUAUUAUAUUGUAAUUAGUAGAUAUGGUAUUUUGGAAGAGAUGUCUUACAAUUUUUAUGAAGAAAUCAUACAGAAAACUAUGAAUUGUUAUCCUUAUUAAUUAAAAAAUUUAAAUUUACUUAGAUUAAUGCCUUGUUUAUUGAAAGACUUGUAAAAAUUAGAAUAAAAUUAAUAAAAUAGCAAUGAAAUAGAUUUUGAAUUUUCUUAAUAAAAUAAAGAUUAAAUCAAUUAAGAUAUUUUAAUGGAAGGUCAUAUAUUAAUUCCUAAAUAAUAAAAUUUAUUAGAUUAAAUAUAGAUUUCAAAUAAAAAUAUAUUUAAUAUUGAUGUUCAAAAUUAUUUUACCAUUUAAUAAUAAAAAAAUCACUUAUUCUAUUAAAAUAUUUAACAUCUAUUUAUAUUUUAUGUUAAAUAUAAGAUAAGAUUAAUGAAAACCAUUAAUUCAUUACAUAGAAUAUUAGAAAUAUAGACUUUGAAGAUGAUUAAAACUGAGCAUCAAUAAAAGGCUAUAAAAAUAGUAUAGAAUAUUUGUAAUAUUGAAUAAUCCUCUAUGUAGAAAUGUUAAUUAACACCAAAAAUACAUUAUUAUUUAUAAGAUUCAGAAGGAUAUGAUGUAUUUCAUCAAGAGUAAAUAGAAGCAUUUAGAAAAUCAUAAUCUAUAGAAUUAUUUGAUAGAAAAUCAUAUGAUUUAGAUAAUAAUUUAAUAAUGGAAGAAGAUAAUAUGAUAAGUCAGAAAUAGAGAAAUUUUGAUGAACAUUAUUCUACAAGAAGAGAUUUGAUACAAUAAACAUUAUUAAAUACUAUAGAUUCUCAUAUGUACUAAAAAACAAAAGAAAAUGUUUAAUUAUUACAAAAUGAAUCUGAGACAACAAAUUAAUUAAUUAGAAAAAAUAGUUUUAAAAUUAUAAGUAAGAAUUAGAUUGAUGAUAUGGAAUUAUCAAAUAGAUAAUCAAAAAAUUCAAUUGAUUAAGAUUCAGGUUCAUAUUAUAAAAAUCGUUAAGUUACAAAUCAUUAAAAUGAUGGAAGUUCUAUAGCCAGUUCAUAAUAAUAAAAUGAUUAUAUUAGUAAAAGGAGAAUGAUAAGAGAUGUCUUAUUUUCAGAUCAUUAAUUUUAAAAUAAUACAACUAAAACUGGUAUUUUAAUUUUCGGUUUAGUUUUAUUAAUCAUCUUAUAUAUAGUAAAUUUAAUUUUUAUUGCUAUUACUUAAAAUGUAUAUAUAUAUAUAUAUUAUAGAAAUUAGAAGAGAUUGAAGAAAAUAAACACUUAUUAUUGAAUUUACAAAACUCUUUAAAUCUAUUUAUUUUAUCAAAUCAAUUUGAAUAAAUUUAAAUCUAUUAAAAUAAUACAUAGAUUUGGUAUUAAUAACUAUAGAAUCUUUCUAUUAUUAAUUAUUAAAUAUAUUUAAGAUAAAUUUUAAAUGAGCAAAAUUCAAUUAUCGAUUAAUCAAUAUUUCACUAAUUAAGUAAUUAUUUAUAUAUUUUAAAGAAACCAUAUAUUUUGAAGAAACUACUAAAUAUGAUUUGGAUUAAAUAUUUUUAAUAAAAUUAAUAGGUGAAUACAUGAUUGAUUAUAUAAGUGAUAAAGAAUUACAUAAAGAUGGAAUAAUAUUUCUAAUUCGUAAUUUUUAGGUGAUUGUUUAGGAAAUGUUUGUAGAAUUUAAUAAUACUAUUAAUAAUAAUAUUCAUUAGUAAAUUGAUAUUAUUGAUUCCUAAAUAUAAUUAACUAUAAUUCUAUCAGAAGUUACUUUAAGUUUAAUAGUUAUUAUUCUAUUACCUGUAUUUUUGAUUAUUAAUAGAUAAAAAAAUACAAUUUUGGAAUUCUUUAUGACAUUCCCUUAAAAUGAACUUUAAUAAUAAUAUGAUAUUUAUUAAAUUUUGUUAGAUAAAUUGGAAGAAACCAAAUUUAUAUAAUAGGAGACAAAUUAAUAUGAUAUAGAAAGUUCACAUAUUAAAUAAUUUGUAAAAUCAAUUCGCAUUGGUAAAGAUUCUAAUUAAAGUAAAUAAUAAUAUGGUAAAUUAAAGACAAUAGUUGGAUCAAGUAUUUUAAUAUUAUAUUUUAGAUGCAACUCCUUUGAUAAUAUUUAGUAUCUUUUUAGUUUUACUAUUGUUUUCUAUUGUUUCUGCUUAUUUUAUAACUUCAUUUAUGAUUAAAUAUCAAUUUCUUAAUGAAUAUAAAAGAAUUAAUAAUGAAAUUCAAAUUUAUGAUUCGUUAUAAUCUGAAAUUAUCAAAGAAAAUUCAAUUUAAAAUUUAAUACUUAAUUAAAUAAUAAAUUAGAAUAUAAGCAAUGUAAUUAAAAAUACAAGUAAUUUCAAUAUUAUAUAUAAAAAUAGUACUAUAAUUAUUUGAAAUAGAAAAAGUAAGUCAAUAUUCAAUUAUAUUACAUUAUUAAUAAGAACUCACAUAAAGAUUUUCAGAUUCAAGUAAUUAACUUUUUUAUAAUGUUUUAUCAAAUAAUACAUGUGAUAUUUUCAACAAUGAAUUAAUUUAAUAUUUAGAAAUGGAAGAAUAUUUAGAUUUUUAUAGUUACUAAGUGUGUCAUACUCUUGGUCAAACUUAAGAAGGAAUAAGCAUUUCUAUAAUUAAUUUUGUAAAUUAAUUAAAACAAUUAUAUUCAACAUUGUAGUUCUAUAAAAGUAAUUAUUUUAAUUAUAAUAUAGAUAAUAACUAAUAUGAAUACUAAACUCUUUAUGAUAAUAUCAUAUUCUUAAAAGAUUAAGAGAUAUAAUAAUCAUAUUUAUAUAAUGCAUUUGCACUUUAAGUUAUAUCAAAUUAUUAAGAUUAAUAGUUAAAGAUGUUAAUUGAAUAACAUUAUUUAACACAAAUAAUAACUUUUGUUAUUGGUGCUAGUUUUAUAAGUGUAUUCACUAUUAUAACAGAAAAAUGCUUCAAAAAUUUAAUUUCCAAUUAAAUUAAUUAAUCAAAACUCUUACUUACUUUAAUUCCAUUUGAAAUAUUAUAAACAAAUGCUUAUGUUAUGACUUAUGUAUUACAAGAAUCAAAAAAAAUAUAUUUAUGA